AUGGCAUAUUUUGAUAGCGUCCCACACGUCCCGCUGCUCCACAAACUCGAGUCUUACGGGAUUCAAGGGAAAAUCCUUCGCCGGAUUAAGGCGUUCCUAUUAGACAGAUCAGUAGGCUGGACCUACUCUUUUCCAGCGCCGGUCCCCAUCGGAGUUCCUCAAGGCUCCGUCUUGGGACCACUCCUGUUUCUGAUCAACGUCAACGACCUCCCGGACGUUCUUGCGAGUCCGUGUCUACUUUUUGCAGACGACUUGAAAUCCUGGAGUUCCAAUGCCAGUGCCUACCAAAUGGCUGUAGACGCUGCCAGGCAGUGGUCGUUGGACUGGCACCUUCCUCUGAAUGAUGAAAUUGCACCUGCCGAAUUGGCCAUAUUUUCGGACGAAGAAAUGUGUAUCGUUCAGACGGCAUCCACGCCAUCAUUCCAUAAUUUUGACUGCGUAAUUAUCGGUGGUGGGAUUGUUGGACUUGCUACUGCCAGAGAACUCAUAAUACGGUAUCCGAAAUGGAAAAUGGCUGUACUUGAGAAAGAGAAGGAGCUCAGUCUACAUCAGUCGAAAAACAACAGUGGAGUUAUACACGCUGGGAUUUAUUAUGUACCCGGAUCGCUCAAGGCCAAACUGUGCGUAGAGGGCAUGAAGCGAUCUUACGCUUAUGUCGAAAAGAAAGGGAUUCCAUACAAGAAAUCAGGAAAGUUGAUUGUUGCGACAGAAAAUUAUGAGAUCAGCGAGUUGCGAAAAUUGUUUGAGCGUGCUACAAUCAACAAUGUCCCAGGUGCAAAACUGAUAAACGGGAGUCAGAUUAGUGAGUUGGAACCGAAUUGCGUUGGACUAGAGGCAAUAUAUUCCCCUGAAACCGGCAUUGUUGACUGGAGAACGGUGGCUUUGUCAUUUGCAAAAGAUUUUGAAAACCUUGGGGGUAUCAUUAUGACAAAAUUUGAGGUGACCCAUUUUGAUGAAGCACAUCAAAAUACAGAUUACCCAUUGCGGAUUCGUCCAUCUGAUACAUCACGGUGUGAUUUACCCUCCGUCCAGACAAAAUAUGCUAUCUGCUGUGGUGGACUACAGUCUGACCGUCUGGCAGAAAGAACAGGCUGUUCACCGUCCCCGAAAAUCAUUCCAUUCAGAGGAGACUACCUCAGGCUUCGAGAUGAAAUGUCUGAUCUUGUUAAAACGAAUAUUUAUCCUGUUCCAAAUCCCAGGUUUCCCUUCCUCGGUGUACACUUCACACCACGCAUUGAUGGCACUGUUUGGUUGGGUCCGAACGCUAUUCUAUCACUCGACAGGGAAGGAUACGGCUUCUGUGAUUUUAAUGCAAAGGAUGCCCUUGAUUCUUUAACGUACUCUGGAUUCUGGAAGCUCGCAACGAAGUACAUAACCUUCGGUGCAAAUGAAAUAAUUGACAAUAUAUUUAUUAAACGACAAGUUCGCAAACUUCAGCGUUUUGUGCCAAAGCUCAAAGUUACUGACGUUAUUCGUGGACCUUCCGGAAUAAGAGCUCAAGCCUUGAAUCCAGAUGGUAUGUUGGUGGACGAUUUUGUGAUACAGCGCGGUGAAACAGGAAUUAGUAGACGAGUUAUGCAUGUGCGCAACGCUCCUUCACCAGCAGCUACCUCUUCGUUGGCCAUUGCUCGAAGCUUGGCCGAUGAGGCAAGGGAGCUUUUUGAAUUUCCAGAGCCAGCGCAAAGAGACUCUGUAUGA